GUUAGAGGCUGCUGGCAAUAGGAAGGGGAAUUUGCUGAAAGGACUUUGAAACGGACGGAUGGCGGUUCGGUGAGACUGUUCCUGCAUGUCGGACUUGGACGUGUUGUCUCCUCAUACUCUUUAUCGCUUGAUACUCGAGUAAAUACGGCUGCGGGGCAAAGGGCAACAUGUCGGAGGCGAACAGCGUGUCUGUACAGCAGAUGCUUGACAGGAGUUGUUGGGUGUGUUUUGCCACGGACGAGGAUGACCGGACAGCAGAGUGGGUGAGGCCGUGCAGAUGCAGAGGGUCUACCAAGUGGGUGCAUCAGGCGUGUCUCCAGAGAUGGGUUGAUGAAAAGCAAAGGGGAAACAGCACCGCUCGAGUUGCUUGUCCGCAGUGCAACGCAGAGUACUUAAUUGUGUUUCCAAAUCUUGGUCCAGUGGUUUAUGUAUUGGAUCUUGCAGAUAGGCUCAUAUCCAAAGCCUGCCCGUUUGCUGCUGCGGGGAUCAUGGUGGGCUCAAUAUACUGGACAGCUGUCACUUAUGGUGCAGUCACUGUAAUGCAGGUUGUUGGCCACAAAGAGGGCCUUGAUGUAAUGGAACGGGCUGAUCCCCUUUUCUUGCUGAUUGGCCUACCUACCAUCCCAGUUGUGUUGAUUUUAGGCAAAAUGAUUCGCUGGGAGGAUUAUGUGCUCCGGCUCUGGCGCAAAUACUCCAACAAAUUACAGAUACUUAACAGUAUAUUCCCAGGAAUUGGGUGUCCAGUUCCCCGGGUACCAGCGGAAGCCAACCCAUUGGCAGAUCAUGUUUCUGCUACACGGAUACUGUGCGGAGCUCUGGUCUUUCCCACUAUUGCUACUAUUGUUGGCAAAUUGAUGUUUAGCACUGUUAAUUCCAACUUACAAAGGACAAUUCUGGGCGGAAUCGCUUUCGUUGCCAUUAAAGGAGCGUUCAAGGUAUACUUCAAACAGCAACAGUACCUGCGCCAAGCCCACCGAAAGAUCCUCGACAGCCAAGACCCAGAACCUGAGGAAGUAUAAGGAGGCUUGGGUACAAGGCCAGCAUUGCCCAGUCGUACUGCUCACUCCCCUGCUCCUGGGGGAUGUACAAGAAGCUGCUGCUCCUGCCGCCGCCGCCGCCCUGUGACCUUCCCUGUAUGAAACACAAUAAAGCUCUGGUGUGCCAGGGAAAAGCCCAUAAUCGGCCAACCCCAGAGUGUGAUCACAUGCCCUCUGCCCAAUGGGCUGUGAAAAGCAGCAUUGUGCUUUGGUGUGUUACUUGCAUUACACAUGUUGGCAAUAUCUCCCCCCCAACACAAUAACAUCCCCGUCUACACGGCGCAGCCUCAACUGCUCCAUCUGUUGUUCUGUUUCUCCACCUACAUUGCUGCCAAACUGGAAAUAGCUUUUCCAACUUUCUAAUGGUAUUUACUGUCAGAACACUGGUUUUUAUUCUUUACAAAUAAUACUACUGUGUCAGCAGUAUCUAUAACGCCACAUUCAGCUCAUUAAUUUUCUUACUCCUUACUAAAGCUCGUUAUUAUUAUUACACUGCCUAACGUCUCACACCAUUCAGUAGGUUUGGUUUCCUUUUUGCCUCCUCUGCACUUAUUGUAUUCUUCCUGUUAGGGGGCGCAGUCCUAUGGGAAUAUCAGGGAUGUCCAUCUUAUUUUAACUUUAAACAUCUUAAGGUCCACAGACUGGAUCACCCUUCUAUACAGACUGAAACCGCCCCACAAUCUGGGGCAUAAUUACCAUUGAUUCCAAUCGAUUAGCAGGAAAUGAAACCCCUCACAUCAAAUAUAUAUAGAAUAGCUCAGAGUGCCCUUCUAAGCACCUUGGCAAUUUACAUUUUUGUUUCUAGUUUUCACUAUUCUUUUUCUUACUACUACAAUGAAUUUGAAACUACAGUGCCACCUGCUGGACAUUUUGGAUGACAGCCUACAGCAGGGGGAAAUGGGAUGAAAGAAAUGGGGAUGACUUUUCUAAUAUGAUUUUCUAAUUCUUAACAUGUUCCUUUUCCCAGAUUGUAAUUGGCAAGUGGCUGAAAUUGACCAGCAGAUGGCAUCCUUGCAUUACAUUCAUUACAUUGGCACUUCUAAACUGCUAAUAUCUUGAAAACUAGAAAACAAAUUGAGGGUUUACCCUGUAAAGGAGUUAAGUACAGAUUUUGAUCAAUUUUUUCUUAUAAAUUAUCAUUAGGUUCAUUUUAUAGAAUGGGCAGGAAUCCUGCAGGUUUCCCCCCACUGAUGUUUAAUAAAUCUGAUUCUAUGUCUUUUUGCAGCUUUUACUUCUCAUGGGGGCCCCAGUUAUAGCCCCCCCCCCUUUCUUGUAAAGAUGUGUAGCAACGUGUCAUUGGGCAAAUCUCCCACCCUGGACUGCAUGAUAUUGUACUGUGUCUUUGUAACGGGGGGAGGGUGGGGGGUGCGGCAGCGCUGGGUUGGCUUUUUUUUUUUUUUUUUAAAUAAAACCUACAUCUAAACAGUAAAUAGGUUACAUUUUCCGUUUGCUUUUUCUUAAACCAGGGCUAUGCCAUUGGCAGCCACAGGGGCAGAUUUGGCCCUACAUGAGAUUUUUAUGGCUCCCAGCAUGCCCAAGAUUUCUAUAGAUUUUUUUUUUUUUUAAAUUUCACCCCCAAACAUGAAAUAGUGGGUAACUGUACAACUUUAUGGAAAAUCACGUUAAAUAGUCAACUUUGUGCACAGCUUUGUCUGCAGAUUUGCUUUGUGUAGGAACUCUGCCAACCACAGCGCCCCCUAGUGGCAUUUGGUGCUGUUUUCAGAUGUGCAGUGUAGGCUCUGGUGGGUAUUUUAAGGAGAACUGACUAUUUUAUUCAGGAGGGAGAAGCAGCAGUUGACAUUUAUUGGAUACUGGCGUAAGAGCGGGUACUAGGUCUGUGUGCUGCUGAGCCCAGAGGAUCCCUGGGAGACUGGCGUUGCUGGAAUGUACCAGUUGCUGACCCAUUGCUCAUUGUGCAUAGGAGCCAAACUCAUAGGAUUUUACAUGAUGAAACUGUUCAUUGGCUUUUUGUGAUUCUUGGCUUUCCCUGCUGUGUACAUGAUUUCCUUUGAUGUUAAUUAUUAAUAAAUAUAUAUAUUUCCAA